AUGUUCGGUAUCAACUUCAACCGCGUCACUGGAAUCGACAAGGCAGGUAAAGCGACUAUGAGCACCGCGAAAGGCGAGUUCUCGGACAUUCAGGGAGCACUGGACGGCACGCUGGCCGCCACUUCAAAGCCGCGUCGAUUUGAUCUUGAACACGCGUAUCUGAUCUGUGGUGGCGACGGCUUGACGUAUGGCGUCGUUGAUGGGAACCCCAGUGGACCUGCACGAACGUGGUACGCCACGUACCACGGCGACGACGGUCCGGAAUACAUUAUUUUUUCGCAAGCCAUUGAGGAAGCUAUUCGUCCAUGCUCGGAAACUGAAGAGCAGGACCCUUACGCAGGGAAAACGUUCUCCGCGGUUCGAGUCGUCGAUAAGAAGUGGACGGAAUAUACUGGAAUGAUCCUGUGUGACAAACAGUGGACGGGCCCCUUCAUCGUCCCACCGGUGUAUAGGGCGACGGCCGUCAAAGGUACGGGGACAAAUGAGCUGGAGCAGAGGAUGGUCGCCAUUGCAUUUUUCCGCAGUAGAUAG